AUGGCCAAACACCCACGAAAACGCCAGAAAACGUCAAAAGAUGAUACAGCGGUGGUGAUUGACAAAAAACAAGCCAACUUGGAACGGCUUUUAGACGACUCGACCAAGGACGAUGAAGAGAGGAGGUUGGAGAGUAUGUUGUUUGGGACAAAGUAUGUUCCUAGGAAGGGGAAGGAGAGGGAGAUGUUUGGUGGUGAUGAUGAGGAUGAUGAAGAGGUUACUUUGGACCUUGGAGACGCGUCUCUAGACGAAAGUCGAGGAUUGGCGCAUUUGGGCGACCAGGAUCUUUUCUUCGUGGACGAUGGGAACGAAGAUCCCGCUGGUUCUUCACCACCACCACAGACCCAGGACUCUGACGAAUCCGACGACGACGAAGACGAUGACCAAGGACGCGGGCAAUCUGAACCACUCCCCGAACCCACACCCGAUCCACCCGCCCCAUCCUGGAUAAAAUCAACAAAAAAGCGUUCAGCAUGGACAGAUCCUGCAGACGCAACCCUUGCCGGCGGCGUCUCCCUGCUUACUGCUCGCCGGCGUAAACUACGACAAGCCGUGGACGAAGACAAGGUUACGAUCCAGGAAUACGAGACUCGCCUGCGACGGCAGUUUGAGGCGAUUAAUCCUGAGCCUGAGUGGGCCAAGAAGGCGCGCAAGGUGGUUAGAGAGGAGGCGCAGGCUGUUGCUGAUGAAGAAGACCCCCUCGCCGUUCUCUCUUCGACCAACGGGAUCCUGAAAUCUUCCAAGAGACGAGGCGGGAAGGUUACCCUCGCUAAAGGCGAAAUCAAACUCGAACGGCUACGAGAUGUUAACCAGUCGGUGCAAGACUCGGGUAGUGGAGAGGUCCGCGUCGUGACUUUCCACCCGAGCACCACAGCGUCGAUUCUGGGAGUUGCAACCGCCGACAGACGGAUACGAUUGUUCAAUGUGGACGGACACUUAUCUCCCCUCCUCACAACGCUCCACUUCCCCAACCUCCCAAUGACAUCCCCCACAUCCGCUCUCUUCCACCCCUCGGGCGACACAAUGCUCAUCUCCGGCCCCCGCCCCUUCUUCUACACCUACGACCUCCCCAGCGGCACACCCACACACCACGCCCGCGGCCUCUGGGGUACGACCUUCAACAACAUCAUGGACUCUUCCGCUACCCUCCAACGGAGACGCAAACGCGACCGAGCAGGCAACGCGGGCGGGGGUGGAGGUGGGGGUAACGGCGACGGCGAAGCCCUCUCCCUCACCUCCUUCAGCACCCACGGCGACAUGCUCGCCGUCGCCGGAAGGGGCGGGUACGUCCACCUCGUCGACUGGAAAACGGGCGCCGGGCAGGUCAUCGGUAGCCUCAAAUGCUCGUCUGCGGGUGGAGGCGCCGGGGCUGGCGGGAUCCAGGGUAUGUGGUGGAUUCCUCCUGGGUUCUCUGACGGCGGAGUGAAUGGGGUUCUGGGAGGAGAGGAUGGUGCCGCGAGUGCUGGUGCCAACUCGAAAUUGGCGGUCCUCACGGGCGACGCGGAGAUCUACAUCUGGGAUGUGGGCCAGCGCAGAUGCGUGAAGAGGUGGCAAGAUGAGGGUGGGUUUAGGAGUGCUGCCAAGGUGUUGGCGGGUAGUUCCGGUGGGGCUGGGUAUCUCGCUGUAGGAUCGAAUACGGGCUAUGUCAACGUAUACGGUUCGGAGGCGUUCAACGAACACACCGGCAAACCGAAACCAUUAAAAGCGAUCGCGAACCUUACGACUCCAAUUUCGUCUGCCAGAUUCAACUAUGAUGCUCAGCUGCUUGCUAUCGCGAGUAAGGAGAAGAAGGAUUCCAUGCGUUUGGUCCAUCUACCAUCUUUGACUGCCUACGCCAACUGGCCUACUUCGGGAACGCCCUUGGGUCAUGUUACUGGAAUAGACUUUUCGCCGAGGAGCGAACUUCUCUUUCUGAAUUGGAUGUCGUGUUUCUUUCAAAUACUUAAGCCCCGUACUCCUCGCAAUACUUCAUUCGAAUCUAACUCGCAGAAGGUCAUAACUCCUGUACAUAUUCCAUUCGUGGAUGUCGAACUGGGCUCAGGUAUUCAGGUAUACACGGCUUGGCCCGUCUUGCAUCCCAUGAUUGUACUGAAUGUACAGGUACCUCGAUUGAACAUGUACUCUCGAGUUGUUCUACUUGCUACUCCCUUUAUGAUUAAGUUACGGGGCUCAUCAAGAGGUCCCGCUGGUGCGGGCUCGGGCAGUGGUUUGGUUUGGGACGGCGCGGAGGGCAAGGAUCGAACGGGCCACGGUCAUAUCAUAAUCUAUGAUAAUGCAGUCCAUUUCGGCUCAACACACCCAACUGGCAGGACCAACCACACGAACCGAAUGCGUGGUUCAGGCCAGCUUUUCAGUCUUGCAGACACCGAUUUGGAAACCGGCCCCUCAAGCUUCAAGUUGUCUCCCGAGUCCUAG